CGACAGGCAGCGUGGACCUAUGGCGUGGACCGGGUUGUAGCACGGAUCUCAGAGUCAUGAUAACUCAUCUCCUCCGAAAAAUGUCUCACACCUGUCACGACGUGACCGAAGAGCAACACGUUGCUUUCCUAAAGUGAUGGAACAGCCUGCAGAGAACAGAUUAUGUGGGAAACUGAGCACUCCCUGUGGACCCCACAGUUACAAUUUAAAAGAAGUCUUCACAUGGCGUCUCCUGAAGACCAUAGCCAUGGGCCAGGUUCUGUCCCUGCUGAUCUGUGGGACGGCUGUGAGCUGCCAGUACCUGGUUGAUGAAGGCGUGGAGACGCCCAUGCUGCAGAGCUUCCUCAACUACGUGCUGCUGCUGCUCACCUACACCGCCAUCCUCGCCACCCGCAAAGGUGACGGGAACAUCCUUCAGAUUUUAAAGACGAAGUGGUGGAAGUAUCUGGUGAUGGGUUUGGCAGAUGUGGAGGCAAACUACGCUGUUGUGAAGGCUUACCAGUUCACCACCCUGACCAGUAUACAGGUGCUGGACUGCUUCGUGAUCCCGGUGCUGAUGCUGCUGUCCUGGCUCUUCCUGAAGACGCGCUACAGGCCGGUCCACUUCGUCGCUGUGACGGUGUGUUUGCUGGGGGUGGGGGCCAUGGUGGGAGCCGACAUCCUGGCCGGACGAGACACUCGACCAGACACACAGGGAUCCACCAGCGAUGUGGUUCUGGGCGACUGCUUGGUCCUGCUCAGUGCCGUCCUCUACGCCGUAUCCAACAUGUGUCAGGAGCACACGGUGAAGAACAUGAGCCGGGUCGAGUUCCUGGGCAUGAUGGGCCUUUUCGGGACUCUGAUCAGCGGCGUACAGCUCGUUGUGCUGGAAACUCGCGCAGUAGCUCUGAUAACGUGGAAUUUCUACACAUCGGGGCUAUUCGCCGUCUACGCCUUGUGCAUGUACGCGCUGUACAGCCUCAUGCCCGUCGUGGUGAAGAUGACCAGCGCCACCGCCGUCAACCUCUCUCUGCUCACCUCUGACCUCUUCAGCCUCUUCUGUGGCCUCUUCCUCUUCCACUACAAGUUUUCAGCUCUGUACAUCAUCUCGUUUGUCGUCAUCACUGUUGGGUUCGUCACGUUCAACGCCGUCCCGACGUACUCGGCUGUACCUGCGGGCGCCGCGGAGGAGGAGGGCGAUCAGGCGGCCGACGGCUCCUCCAACCGCCUGCUGGACGCCCAGAUGGACGCUCAGACGGACGCCCAGACGGGCUCCCAGAGGAGCGUGGACCCCACAACAGUAUCUAUACUCUAGAAAAUGUUUUCUUUUUUAAACAAUAUUAACAGAAUACAAGGUCAGU